UUAGAAACGCCACUGUUACCAAAACCCAACAGGAAGAAGAAAGUCAAAUCACGGUCUGAGAAGAUAAAAAUGGCGGCUUCAGCUUUCGGACAGUGCAAUCUUCUUCCUCGUACAGCAUCUGUGAAUACUCAGCAGUCUCAGCGUCAGCUCUACAGUUUGUCUUUCCAUAGACAAACUGUAAAUUCUUCACCUCCUGCACUGUCAUUCACUCAAUCUAUAGGUUUCGGGUCUGCAAUUGAGAGACAUUGUGUGGAUCGAAACGGGUCGGAUUUGAUUAAAACAGAUGCUGUUCGUCAGUUGAACGGUUCAGUUAUCUCUGCUAAGGGCCAUCGGUUUGCAAUUGUGGUUGCACGUUUUAAUGAUCUGAUCACCAAGAAGCUUUUGGAGGGAGCUUUGGAGACUUUCAAGAAUUACUCGGUUAGAGAGGAAGAUAUUGAUGUUGUGUGGGUUCCUGGUUGUUUUGAAAUCGGCGUGACUGCACAGCUUCUUGGAAAGUCACAGAAAUAUCAAGCAAUACUCUGCAUUGGGGCUGUGAUCAGAGGUGAUACAUCUCACUAUGAUGCAGUCGUUAAUGCUGCCACAUCUGGAGUACUUUCAGCAGGUCUAAAUUCAGGUACUCCUUGCAUAUUUGGUGUUUUGACAUGUGAUACCUUGGAGCAGGCUUUCAAUCGCGUUGGUGGGAAGUCUGGGAAUAAAGGCUCCGAAACAGCAUUGACAGCUAUUGAGAUGGCAUCUUUGUUUGAGCACCACCUAAAGCCUUCAGAGUAGACGAUCCUUCUUAUCGCGACAAGGUUCUGAAUUUUCACCUUUAAACAGAAUCUCACUCGCAUUACCAUCCCAACUAGUUACUCCGACUAAUAAGGUUAGACAUCCGAUUUGAAACUGAGCUACGAAGGAGGGGG